AUGUUCCACCGCACAACCCGCCUCCCCCUCCUGCUCCGCCCCUCCCUCCUCCCCCGAACCCUCCAACCCACCCGCCUCGCCUCCAGCGCCAGCACCCAAAAAUCCCCACCCGUCGACUCCAGCUCCGCCGACGGCGCAUCGAAUAAGGGCAAAGACCAAGCCCAGCCCAAGAUCCUGCGCGACAACCCUCCCCUCAACGAGAGCGAGCAGACCGACGAGGUGCGCAAACACAACGCCGAGAUGAAUCGUCGCGCCGAGCGGCCGGCGGAGAAGGCGAGUGAUGAGGAUGUGAGGAAUGAUAAGGUGGGAAAGGGGUUUUGGGGCGGGGAGCCGGAUAAGGAGAAGGGGCAGUGGAGCGGUGAGUAG